GGGAACAGAGGCCGCGUAGCUCGGCGUCCAUGGCAGCGCCGUGGGCGGCCGGAAAGAUGGGCUCUUCCGCCUCCCUUCUUUCCUCUUUCCUUGGAGGGCCCGUCGGCGCUUAGGGCGGGGAGCGAUGCGGUGGGCGCCGCCGCCGCCUUUCCCGCUGUCGCUCUUACCUGGGCUGCUUCUGGUGGCCGCGCUGUGCGGAGGGGGAGGAGGAGCCGCUGCCCACCCGGAGCCCGGCCCUACGACGCCUUCACACAUCGACGUGCCCGCGGCCACCACCGGGUCUCCCGACGGCGGCGAGGCGGCGCGGAGCAGCAAUGCGAGUAGCAACAGCUUCGCCGCCGGGCCUGUCCCGUCUGAGGCCUCCCAGCCCAGGACCCAGCGCGCCCUCUCGGUGCUCGUCCUGGCCAGCGCCGCCCUCAUCGUCUACUUCGUCAUCCGGACCGUGCGAUUAAGACGAAGAAACAGAAAGACGCGGAGGUAUGGAGUUCUAGACACAAACAUAGAAAAUACAGAGCUGACACCAUUAGAGCAAGAGGAUGAUGAUGAUGAUACCACACUGUUUGAUGCAAAUCAUCCUCGAAGAUAAGUAUGUGCCUUUCAGAAAAAGAUUUCAAUCGUGGAGCAACAAAAGAAGGCUGAUCAGAAGGAAUAAGAAGCCAAUAUCAGGGUUGGGGGCUAUAUAAAUGACAUAUAUUAUGGCAUCCUUAGUUUGUUGCAAUAAACGCUAACAUUUUACUGUACCUUUUGUAUAUACAGAAAUAUUUUAAGUUCGAAACCUAUGGAAAUAGUGCACUAAACUUCAAACCUAUUUUGAACAGGGUAUUUUCUGCUUGUGUUAAUUCUGUAUUGUGGUCUCCCCUUCUGAAAUACUUUUGUGGGUUUCUUGUCCAUUUUUUUUAAUUGUCAAGUGUGGUAACUUAGUUAUGCAGCUAGUUCUGCCUUCUCAAACCUGGGUGUCUUCCAAAUGUUUUGGAUCACACCCCAGUAUUCCUGACUAUUGCCUGAGGCUCAUGAAAAAUGAAGUCCAAAACAUCUGGAGGGUACCAGGUUAGGAAAGGCUCUGCUUGUCUUUCAUUUAAUAGAAAUAACUUGCCAAUUCUAACUACCCAUCUGUCUGGGGAGUAUUUUUUGCUUUGUGGACUGGAUGUGCACUACAUCUGUGUGAGUGAUGCAAAUAAAUGUUUACAGUAUUCCUAACAUUCA